AUGUCGGUGGAUGAGCGAUUUGACUCCAUGCUGUUGGCGAUUGCCCAGCAGCAUGACGGGAUUGACUCCAUCCUCGACACCUUCUUCUCCUUCCUCGGCAGGAAGACGGACUUUUUCUCGCAGCCGCCUCUGGCUCGCGCGGCGGUGCAGCGUGCGCUCGACCGUCAUCUAGCGCAGGCCGAAGAGCGGCAGCGGCGGAAGCAGCAGGCGGAGGAGGAGCAGCGAAAGCAGAGGGCCGCCGCCUCCCGCGUGGAGGUGUUGGAGGACGAGGAGGAAGUGGCCGCGAGGGCCGCCGCGGAGGCCGCCAAGCGCCGGUCGGAGAUGGAGAAGGCGGCCAGCGCGGUGGCCAACGCCAAGGAGGACGAGGACGGCAUGAAGCCAAAGGGGCUCCCCCGACCGCGGGCAACGGGUUCGACUACGAGCACUACAUGUUUUCGCAGACGCUGCAGGAGGUGGAGAUGCGGGUGCCGCUGCCCAUCGCCAACGCCCGGGGGCGGGACGUCGAGGUCGUGCUGCAGCAGCGGCACGUGCGGGUGGCGGUGCGGGGGAGGCCGCCCCUCGUCGACGGCGACCUCUACGCCGCGGUGA